AUGUCCUCAGUCACCACUUACGACUUUGUCAUUCCCAUCUUCGUCAAGGGUCUCAAGACCUUUGACCACAUCCUGAGCAAAGCCGAGGAGCACGCCAAGGCCAACAACAUCGAUGUCAACACGUAUCCCGAGGCACGCCUCAUUCCGGACCAGCUGCCCCUCCUCUUCCAGGUACAGAACGCCACCAAGACCGUCAAGACCAACAUCGCCCGCCUGACGGGCGAGGAGUUGGAGCCCUUCGAGAACAAGGAGAAGACAAUCGAGGACCUGCACAAGCGCAUCCAGGAAGCGCUCGACCUGCUCAGCAAGGUUGACGCCGCCACCGUCAACGCCAAAGCGGAUAACGAGGUUGACGUGCCCAUUUUUGGUGGAAAGGUCCUGAAGGUCACGGCCAAGGAGGCGGCAUUGAGCCACGGCGUCCCCAACUUUUUCUUCCACUUGAACGCUGGAUACGCCAUUCUGCGGGCAAAGGGUGUGCCUGUUGGCAAGGCGGACUACCUUGGCGGCUUCUUGGGACAGUAA